AUAGAGAUAAUAAUUCCUGAUUUUCCUUUCUUGAUUUCCUACAAUGUUGUACACUUGGUAAAUAGUUGAUGUCUAAUUUCACGAUUUUAAUCCGCUUCCAGUUUUAGAGUUCGCCUGUUAAUUUGUAGGCUUUUCCAUAAUACACUUGCUCUCACAUUUUCAGUUACGGCAACCAAAAAUACCUUUUAUCUUCAGUACUCGAUGUGGCAUGGUUUACCUUACACAUCAUCACCUGCACAGGCAUUCCUUUGCAUCUAUUCAAUGAAGUGGUGCAUAGACUGAAUAAUGAAUGAUACGUUGUAUAGAUGUAGUCUUGGUAAUUGUGAGAAGCUUAAUGAGGUAUGGGGCAUUAGUGAAGAAUGAUACACAUCCAGUUCUGCUCAGACCAUGGGCAUGACAAUAGGUACAAGGGGGUGUUGAGGGCCACCAUGGAUGUGAUUGGCAGUCUGACUGCUACAUAGAGCAAACAUGUUGUCUGAAUAGGUUCAGAUUGAGCAAAUCAGUUAUAACCUGUAUGGUGUUCAGAUUUGUUAUGAGCUUGAUAUACACUGAUGGAAGCUGCAAGGAGUGAAGGGGAUGAGCUGAUUGCGGAUUAUGUUGAUUGCCUCAUGUCCUUGGACACCAAUGCUCGGUCUGUCCAGAAUGACAAUCUGAUUCUCGGAGAUCCAGUCAUAGAAGCAGGAGUAGCUGCUUCGGUUGGUGGUAUUACGGAGCAGGAUGCCAUGGAAGAUUUUGUACCUCCAGAGGAUCCUAAAGAGCCAUUGCUAGGUAUGACAUUUGAAUCUGAUGAAGCAGCAAAGACUUUCUACAAUGAGUAUGCCAGGCACCUUGGAUUUCCCUUCCGUGUUGGUAGGUCUCGCCGUUCGAAAGGUGCAGAGGAGGUUGUUGUCAUGAGGCGGUUUGUUUGCUCAAGGGAAGGCAUGUACAGAAAGAAGAAUCCAUCAUCAGAAGAGGCUACAAAGAAGCGUGAGAGGAUGUCUAUGCGGGAAGGUUGCAAUGCUAUGAUGGAGGUGGUCAGAGAAUCAAACCAUUGGGUUGUUUCCAAGCUUGAAACAGCUCACAAUCAUAACCUUGGCACCUGUAGUAGAGUUGGGUAUCUUCGUGACAGAGGUUUGCUUGAUGCCUCCAAUAAGAUCACUAUGAUGGGCUCAGACGGAGUGCCCUUUCUGAGGCAGAAUAUUCUUGGGGAAGGCGGAGACGCUCAAGGUCUUCUUGAUUAUUUGAAGAAGAUGCAAGCCAAUGACCCUGCUUUCUUCCAUGCCAUACAGGUCGACAAGAAUAGCUGUCUAAUGAAUGUUUUCUGGGCCGAUGCUAGAGCUAAACUUGCUUAUCAGCAUUUUGGGGAUGCUGUUACAUUUGACACAACAUACAAGAAGAACAAGUAUACGAUGCCCUUUGUUACCUUUUCAGGAGUCAAUCAUCAUCUUCAGCGUGUUAUAUUUGGAUGUGCAUUGCUUAUGGAAGAUACUGAAUGCUCAUUUGUUUGGCUAUUUGAAACAUGGCUGGCAGCAAUGAGUGGGAAGGCACCAUGUUCACUAGUUACCGACCAAAAUCGGGCCAUGAAAGCUGCAAUUGGAAGGGUUUUUCCGCAUACCUGUCACCGCUUCUGCAAGUGGCACAUUUUGAGUAGAACCAAACAGAAGUUAGCUCAUACAUACUCAGAGCAUCCUACUUUAAUAGAUGAGUUAGAAAGCUGUGUUAUUGAGUCUGAAACAAUCAACACAUUUGAAACAGCGUGGAUGUCAAUCAUUGAUACUUAUGAUUUAAGAAAUAAUACAUGGCUUCAAGCAAUGUACAAUAUCCGCCAAAAAUGGGUUCCUUUGUACCUGAUGGAUACAUUCUGUGCAGAAAUAUCUAAAGGUCAGAAAUUAGAAACCAUGAAUGAUUUCUACAAGAAGUAUUUCAGUAUGAAGGUGACACUGGAAGUUUUUCUAACCCAAUUUGAUUUGAGCAUCGAAAACCAUUAUGAGGAAGAAGCAAAAGCAGAUAUGGACACUUCUUUAAAUUUGGUGACAACAAAGACUGCAUCACCAAUGGAAAAGCAGGCAGCACGUACCUACACCAAAGCAGUCUUUGGUAGAUUUCAGGAAGAAUUUACAGAGUCUUUGGCAUAUAUUAUUCAGAAAACUAAAGAUGGCUGCAUAAGUGAAUACAACAUCAUGAAAGAUGAAAAUUCAUCAGAUACAUUCUGUGUGACCUACAAUUCUUCCAAUAAGAUGGCAAAAUGUAGUUGCAAAUACUUUGAGUUCUCAGGUAUUUUAUGCCGUCAUAUUCUAGGAGUAUUCAUAAUAGUUGAUCCACAUUUGCUUCCACCUGAUUACUUUUUGAAGCGUUGGACAAGGAAGGCCAGAGACAGUGGUUUAUUAGAAUACAAUUGCGAUAACCAUCAAGAUGAUGCUUGUCAGUCCAUUACAAGCCGUUACGAUGUUCUAUGUGCUGAUGCCAUCGGAUGUGCUGAGAAAGGAUCUGGAUCAGAGACAGUGUACAAAGCAGCAAAAGAUAUCUUACAGAAGGCAUAUGAAGAGAUUAUUGUUUAUGAAAGAAAUCCAGCGAGGGUAUCACAAAGGGAUGCUAUAAACAUCAAUGAGGAUGUCAUGGUUGAUGAUAGCAUGACUGAUCAGUCUUUGCCUGAUUCCAGACGGAAGGUGACUAAUCUGCUUGGCCAGUUUCUUGUCUCCUCUUGGUCUCCCUGAAUGUAUUUUCUAUUUACUGCUGGGGAUUGCAGUUAUCCACAAUGAUACACUGUUAAUUAGUUUGGUGGAGAAUAGCAUCUAACCCUCUCAAGAUGAAGAGUGCUCCUGUGGAUGGUAAAUGAAAAUGAUUAUUAGCACAGAAUUGAUGCUGCAGCAAUAUGGUUUGAAUUUGAUUCAGAAGAGCCUCUCAGAUUGUCUAGGAGACUCAUGUGAAGAUUAUGGCUGGUGGCACUGUUCAAACUAGGUAAGCAGUAAGAAUUAAACCAGUGCGGCCCGUGGCAAUACAAUGCUACUGGUGUCCAUUACAUAGAUUUUGCAUUGUUUUUUUUUCUUUGAUACUUUGGCCUGUAAUAACUUUGUGGCGGUUAAUGGAAAUCGAUGGGGGGAGGUGAAAACAAUGCUAUAUAUCUGUAACAUGGAAACUGUAUGAGAGUUCA